AACAGAUGGUGCUGAUUAAAGAAGAAGCUCCUGAAGAAUGGAGGCCUGGUGUGGACCAGACAGACCCAGAACCCCUCGACAUAAAAGAGGAAGAGGAGGAACCUUGGACCACUCUGAACGUAAAACAACUCAAUGCAAAGGAGGAGACUGAUGACACCAGCUUUUCAGUUACUUUAGCAUCUUUGAAGAGUGAAGAUGAUGAGGAGAAGCCUCUGUUCUCACAGCUUCAUCAGUACCAAGUAGACGACUGUGACCUACUAGCCAGCAGCUCAGCUGGUCAGAUGGAAGCAGCAGCCGAUGGAGAGGACUGUGAAGGAACACAAACUAGCAGGAACACAGAUGUAAAUACUCACAAAGACAGUUCCAGCUCCGCAGAGACUGAACUCAGUGAGGAGUAUGAAGAAGACGAGGAUGUAAACAAUCCUGACUCUCAGCUGAAGAACUUGUCAGACUCUGGGUCAGAAAAUGAAGACAGUGACAAAGAGUGGAAGGAGAUCAUGGCUCCAGAACGGUGCAAGAACGUGCCUCUACGCUACCUGGCCGAGGUGUACUCCUCCUGGAGCAUCAGGUUCACAAUCACGCUUUUUGUUAGCAUGUUGGAGUGGAACAAGUGGUGA